CCGCGCCCCGCCGUCCGCGCAUCGUCGCGACGUCUGUCUGAGAUUGCCCGCUUGCCCGCUUGCCCGCUUGCCCGCUUGCCCGCUUGCCCCGCGCACCGCGCACCGCGCAUCUGUCGCGCAUCGCCGUCGCGACACUUGCCCGCAGCACGCACGCACGCGCCGCGAACGCCGUCACUGCCAUCGUCGCUGUUGCCGUACCACACUGCGCGACCAUGGACGCCUCCCUGCGGCCGACCGCCGACGAGUCGCGCCCCGCGACGCGCCCCGCCUCGCUCACGCCGACGCCGACGCCGCCGCCGCCGCCGUCGUCGCAGUUGCCCAACACGCAGUCCGUGACCCCGAGCCCGCUCUCGCCGCAGCCCACCUCGCCGCGGCCCACGUCCACGCUCAGCAGCACCACCGCCCUCGCCGAGGCAGCCGCCGCCGUGCUGUACUCGCGCGACCAGGUCAGCAAUGCCUCGGCCGACGAGCUGCGCGCCAUGGUCGACGACCUCAUCAACGCGCUGCGCGACAUGAGGCUGUCCGCCGCCCACUACAAGCUGCAGCACAACAUGGCCGUCAUGGACAGCCAGGAAGCCGCAAGCCGCAUGGCCGUCGAGCUGGCCAUGGCGCAUCGGGAGCUGGACGUGCUGCAGCAGGCCGAGGAGAGGCGUCGCCGCUGCCAGGCCGCGGCGCCCGAGCAGAGCUACGCCGAGACGGCCAACGCCGCCAACGCCGUCGUCAUGGCCGAGAUGGGCCGCCAGAACCAGAUGCUGCAGGCCGAGAACGCCCAGCUGCGCGACCUGUUUGAGCAGCAGAAGCGCCUGACCGAGCACAGAGAGGGCGAGCUGGCCAGCCUGGUUGAAGAAAACGACCGCCUCAAGUCGCGGAUCCGCAAGAACAGAGACCACAUGGCGCCCUUUCUCGAGCACAUGCACGAGCACGGGUCGCCGCGCUCGACCUUUGGCACCCCGCGCCCGACCUUUGGCACCCCGCGCCCGACCUUUGGCACCCCGCACUCGACCUUUGGCACCCCGCGCCGCCUGCACCGAGCUCCUCUGACCAACGAAAGCAUUCGCGGUCCGAACAACUUCGAGGCGCUCCUCCUCGCCGACAAGAUGCUGAGCCAGGAGACUGCCACAGCUCCCGCGACGCCGAGGAUGGCUGCCCACGCACCGAGGCCUCGAGGGCACCACAGAGGUGCGCAGUCCAUGUCUUCUCUCCCCAACACCCCCAACAGGCGACCGCAUCCCUAUGCUAGGCCGCCACGCACCCCGCCCAGCUACAUGCCCGCGGCCAUUGCCCAGUCAGCGCCGCCUGCUCACUACCAGCAGAAGCAUGUGCAUGAGCGACGCCAGAGCUCCAACUCCACCAUCACAGCCUCCAGCGUAGACGAGGAAGAGGCCUGCACCGACCGCGAGGACGACCAGAUCAACGAGUCCCAGGCGAGUCAGAUGGCCGCCAGCAUGCUGCGACAGGCCCCUCCCCCAAAGGCAAUGCACGCACCGCCACCGCCACCGCCACCUGCGAACCUCGUGCAGAGCAGGAUCUUUGGCCACGUGAAGAAGGGCUACAGCUCGACGCGUCCAAAGGGGGUUGAGAAGCGCCCAGCAGAGACUGCAGCGCAUCAUGCCAGUCCGCGCGCGCGCGUUGAUCACGGUGUAGGUCUCGGCAUUGGAGGCUUGCGAGAGUAACGUUCCUGACCCGCGCAGGGCGACUACUACUAGCUACGAUGUUACGACCUUGGAUAUGCGGGUGGAU